UUCAAUUAUUAAAAUAAUAUGUAUGUGGUAGGGGACUAUCACUUUAAAUAUAGAUAGAAUUAAAGAAUAUCGUUAGAGCAAUUGAAACAAAGUUCCUCUUUCCUGUCUCUUUUACAAACGCAUUGCGAAAUUAAAGACACGAUUUGAAUUUGAAAUGGGGAAAUUAACAAUGGGGAAGAGCUCAUGGGAUUUGUUGAUUGAAGAAGCAAUUCUAAAGCUUGAGCCAGGCAGGUUGUUUACGCCUCUGAGACCAAUGCGUGUGGCAAGUGUAAAACAAGAACAAGAGGCAGCUCCACCCAAGUUGGACGAAGACGAAUACGAGACAUUCCAGGGAAUUCAGCCUUGGGAUCGACUCUCUGUUCAAAUCUCAAUCCCUGAAACUUUUUUUCAACGAUUGGUUGAGGAAGGCGAAAUUUGCAGCAAAAAUGAAUUAGAAGAUGCUGAAGGCUGGACACAGCAGCGAUUCAGGAAGCUACUUCUAUUUGCUGGCAAUGAUUUCCUGGGUUUGAGUAGGCAUCCGGCAAUUGCAAAAGCUACAGCCAAGGCGGUAUUGGAACAUGGAACAGGGCCGAGGGGAUCUCCACUGAUCUGUGGAUACACCGAUUAUCACAUAGCACUAGAGUCCAGCUUGGCCAAAUUAAAGAAUAAAAAGGCCUGUCUUCUUUGCCCUUCAGGGUUUCAAGCCAAUAUGGCGGUGAUUGUAGCACUUGGAAGCCUUGCCCCGUUGUUGUCUGCAGGAGGGAGGCCAACUAAGGAAGAAAAACUUGCCAUAUUUUCUGAUUCACUUAACCACGCAUCGAUUGUUGACGGUCUUAAACUCGCUGCACGACAUGGAGGAAUUGAAUAUUUUGUGUAUAAACACUGUGACAUGUCUCACCUCGACGCUCUCUUAACAAAUUGCAAAAUGAAGAGAAAAGUGGUGGUGACAGAUAGCUUGUUCAGUAUGGAUGGAGACUUUGCACCCAUGGUUGAGCUGGUUGAGCUUCGCAAGAAGCAUGGAUUUCUGUUCGUCCUUGAUGAUGCUCAUGGGACGUUUGUUUGGGGCAAAAAUGGUGGGGGAGUAGCUGAGGAAUUCAACUGUGAAAACGAUGUUGACAUAUGCAUCGGCACUCUGAGUAAGGCAGCAGGUUCUCUUGGAGGAUUCAUAACAUGCAGCAAAAUUUGGAAGCAAUUCUUUCAAUCAAGGGGUCGUUCUUUCAUAUUCUCAACCAUUGCACCAAUUCCCUUAACUGCUGCGUCAUAUGCUUCGGUGGUAGUGGCAAGAAAAGAACCAUGGCGAAGAAUGGAAAUUCGGAAACGGAUGCAAGAGUUCCAAGCUCUAACAGGAAUCCCUGUCACAAGUCAGAUACUAUCCGUUAUAGUAGGAAGUACAGAGAAAACUUACAAAGCGGCCCGGGUAUUGUUAGAAGCCGGUUUCUUUGUCGUGGCAAUCGGACCCCCAGCAGUUCCUCCCAACAGUGGAAGGUUACGGGUUACUUUGACUGCAGCACACACAACAGAGGAUAUAAAAAGGCUUGUGGCAAUAUUAUCUGACUUCGUUAACUUUCAAGUUCCCAGCUCCAAUUUACAAUAUGCCAGGCUUUAGAAAAUGUGAGAUAAAGCUUUGGACAAUAAACAUGGAUCCAUUAUUGUUUGUUAUCUAAAUAACAAUGGUGUGAUUAUUUCCUGUAUCACUUUUAAUUUGGUUAGGAAUGGCUAUGACACUAAAUGCUUGUAUUUGAGUUUCUCAAGUGCUUUGUGUUUGUGUAUUUCUUUCCUUGUACCUUUCUACAUGAUAUUAUAUAAAUCUUCGUCAAGUUUC